AGUGGGAAUGGGUUGUCCCGCGUCAGCCUCACCAUUCACCGCCCUUUAUUCUCGAAAAAUGGAAAAAUACCCAACCUUACUCCGUGCAGCCAGCGACACCAGGCUCCAAGGCAACAGUAGUCUAGGGGACAAAAAUGAGACAUACUCCUGACAGCCUGAAAACCACGAGGCCCUUUCUUAGCUCUGUUCUUGAUGAUAGUCCACCUCCCGCAGAUAGGUCGACUUUGGGAUCGUCGAAAAGCCUUUGUUAUGACCUAAUUCUCAUGCACUUGCGGCAUAUUAGCUCGCUGCUACCGCUUUGCUUAGACAAGCCUGCGGAGGUAGUUCACGGAAGGAUUUUCCUGACACUUUUCUGAGGGCUUCAAAUUGGAGGAUGCGUCCUGACGACCUCACGUCGCUCGUAAUCCACCAGAAUGACGUGGCUGAAAGUCCACCUCGAGUACCAAGGCGAAGGUUUCAGUCAAGAAUUUGGGUGAAGCUGACCUUUUUUGUGGGCGUUCUUGUGCUUAUCUGUUCGGGGGUUCCGGCUAUCAUCCUCUGGAGGUUGACCCAGGCAACAUUGACCGAAGAAAUACGGGAGAGACUUGACAUUGUAGCAAGCUUUCGUCAAGAGCAGAUACUCACUUACAUCACAGAAGAUCAAGAUACAGUGAAGCUGAUUGCGUCUCGUGUUGCCAUUUCGUCCUUGCUUCUCAUGCACAAGCAAGGGAAGGCGAAUCUCUCAUGGAGAAACAUCAAAGAAGGCACCAGGGAACUCAACUUUGCGGUAAUGAAUGCAGCUAAUGUCAUGUCAUUAGGAGCUUACAGCUAUGAUGGCAGACUUCUGUUUUCCAGCAAACACCCACCUGAAUUGAAGGCAUUACCAAAGCGACUGCAUGAGCGGGAGUUGAUCGCCAAGGACCGGAACAUAUCAGUGUGGUCCGGGAUUCCAUACACAGGGUACAAUAAUACACUCCUUAUUGACGUUGCAGCUCCUGUCUACUCUCAGAAUAUAUCCUGCGGGAUUGUUUUCGCAGUAGUCAAUGCCAAUGAAUUUAAGGAGAUUGUUCACGACGGGACUGGCCUUCAGUCCACGGGACAACUUCUUGUUGCCUAUCUUACUGAGAACGGAAACCUUGUGAAUUUCGUAAUUCCUCCUGUAAAGGCUCCUACAAGUACGAACACGACUUACAAGGGCGUUGCUUUCAGGGCCGCAGAAGGCCAGGCUGGUUUCUUUGAAGGGAUUGACUUCCGUGGAGUGGACAUCAUAGCUUCCUAUCGACCCAUUUACUACGCCUCCUGGGGCUUGCAGGUCUGGCAGCGACGUUGGACAAAGCAGAAGCAUACUCGUCCAUCCUGAAGCUUGAGAGGAUACUUCUGAUUGCGUUGUCUUGCAUUCUUGUGCUGGGAAUACUUGCAGCGUUUCUAUUGGCCAAGUACUUCUCUCAUCCUAUAACGGAUCUUGGUGAUGCAGCUAGCAAACUUGCACGGGGUGAUUACACUGCAAGAGCCCAUGGCCGCCAGGGCUGCUUGAAAGAUGAGAUUGAUGAGCUCUGCACUGUCUUCAACUACAUGGCUGAUCAAAUCUCCAAUUCCUACUCAACUUUGGAAAAUAAGGUGGUGGAGCGCACUCAGGAACUCGCACUGUUGAACGCGGGUUUAUCUGCUGAGGUGGAGGAGAGGAAAAAGAUAGAGUUACAGCUUCAGGAUGCGAAGGAGCAGGCGAUUUCAGCUGACAAGGCAAAAUCAGAGUUCUUGGCAAAUAUGUCUCACGAAAUCAGAACACCAUUGAAUGGCAUCAUCAACUGCACAGAGCUUUGUUUGGACACCCCACUUGGCACUGAACAGAUCGAGUAUCUUGAGCUGUCUUUGUAUUCAGCGAAGCAUCUUCUGCGCCUGAUUGCUGACAUUCUGGACUUCAGCAAGAUCGAGGCUGGAAAGAUGGACCUGGAGAAUAUCGAAUUCUCAUUUGAAGACCAGAUGGAGCACGCUGUGUCUGUCCUUGCAAGCCGGGCAAGGACGAAGGGGCUUGUGCUGGUAUCCUGGCUGAAGUCCCCUAAUCUGCCAGAAGUUCUUUUGGGCGAUCCUGGACGGCUUUUUCAGAUUUUCAUCAAUCUCUUGGGAAAUGGGAUAAAGUAUACUGACAAAGGGGAGGUCGUAUUAUCAGCAACUCUUCUCUCUCUUACGGAUCAGACUGCCGAGGUUCUUUUUGCAGUUAAAGACACAGGGAUUGGCAUACCUCAGGCCAAGCAGUCACUUCUGUUUCAAGCCUUCAGUCAGGUCCAUGCAUCAGAUGCAAGGCUGUAUGGAGGGACGGGAUUGGGAUUGAUGAUCUCAUCCCGCCUGGCUAAUGCCAUGGGUGGGCAUAUGUGGGUUGAGAGCGAAGCAGGCCGUGGGUCAACAUUCUUUUUCAAUGCCAAGUUCGCUGUGCCAGCCAGGGCUGCUCCAUCAUCAACACUGGUGCCGUGCAGUUGUGUGUGCCCCAAGUCUAACCAUCUGCGCGCCCUGGUCGUGGACAAGAAUGAUUCAACCAGGAAGUCCAUCGUUUCAGCUCUAGAGAGAUUGGGUGCUGAGGCGAAUGAUACUGGUGAUGCGCUCUUAGCCUUGGAAAUGCUCCAAACCGCGGCAUAUGAGGAGUCACCAUACACACUGCUCAUUGUCGACUCGCAAAUUGGGGAUGGGGGCACCAACUGUGCAUGGCUGCUGCAUCACAUCAAGGAGCAGGAUCUGCUGCGCUGCAAGAACUCAAGAUGUCAUCAAUCAAGAAUUCAAGAACUGAAGGAAGACAGCAGGAGGGGCGCUGUGCAAGGCAGGGAGGGUUCUUUAGGGCGCCCUGAGUCACCGACACCAGAUUGGUUGUUUGCAGGGGAAGGGAAAGAGUCCCGUUCGGAAGAGCCUGAUGCCAGUGCUGGCGAACAGCAGCAACUAGUGCCAGGUGUUGGGUUGGAGGCAGUCAGAGUCAGAACGAUACAAGAUUCCUCCAGGACAACUCAUGGCGGUCUAUCGCAUGCGCUUGAAGAGGAUGCAGUGCUUCCUGUUGUGUUGCUGACACAUGGAAGUACUGAUGACAAGUCUCUGUGCAAGAGCCUGGGUGUUCAGUUUCACGUCCCCAAGCCUGUGAAGAGAAAAUUGCUUAUACAAAGGGUCAAACAGGCAUUGAAACUUCCGCUGCAGGAGCGGUUGUCCGGAACGAAUUCUACCGCUUCAGAUGAGGCAGCAGCAGCAGCAAUUGACAGGAGCCUGAAAAUAUUGGUUGCAGAAGACAACAUUGUGAACCAGCGGGUGGCACUGACGCUUCUCCGCAAGUGGGGGCAUGAGGCCGUUCUGGCCAGCGAUGGUGAAGAAGCGGUCGAGAAGGUUCAAGAGGAAGACUUUGACGUGAUUUUAAUGGAUGUCCAAAUGCCAGUUUGUGAUGGGCUACAAGCAACCAAGAGGAUACGGGAUUAUGAGUCUACAAAGAAUCGCCAUACACCAAUUAUAGCCAUGACUGCACAAGCUCUGAUUGGAGAUGGCAUGAAGUGCAUCGACGCAGGGAUGGACUCCUACAUGAGCAAACCUGUAAUGUUUUUGUUUUUAUCGUUUUCCUUUUCCUUUCCUCUUUUUGUUCCCAUUGCUAUGCUGGCAUGCUCAUCUGCUCUGCCAAAUCAACUCGUGGUUGCAGCUGAAUGCAUCAAAGUUGAAGGACCUUUUGAGGCUGGUAUGCCGACCACAUGCUCUCCCUAAGCCUACAAGUGACUCCACGAGGGAAUUUUGACGCGUCUAGCAUAUUGCCCCCAAAAAUGCACAGAAGCCACGCAUGAGGCAUCUAAUUUCGGAGGCGAGGGCUGUAUUUGUACUAAGCAAUUCGAUAAAUUCAUGUUGACUAUCACAGGACGGGCUGAGUCUUCGCCUGUAUUACAAAAACACGGAUGUAAGGGGGCUCCACAGAUGGCGCGGUUUUACGGUACCAGCCCAUGUCAGUCCCCUCACCCUAGGCUUUCCAAGACUGCCACCUAUAGGGUGUGUCCCCCCAAGAGUACGCCUCGCAGGCACUAUGUGUUAUGUACAGUUCACCACG